GCCGCCAGAAAGAAAAACACCUGCGAUGGCCAUCGGGAGUUUGGAGGAGCCACACACUGCGUCAAUUAGACUCCCACUCAUCCUUUGGGCGUGUGAAGUUUGUUUGUCUUUGGCAACAACUACGCAAAAACAUCUGGUCACUCAACUCGCGCGCGCCAUCGAUGAGGGCGGGCGGCAAUGGCCGGAGCCAACGUCUCGGGGCUGCAGGAGCACGUGAGUAGACUGAUGGAGGGCAUGGCGGUGCAGGGCGACGCCGAGGCGCCGGCUGCCCUUCAUCGCAACUUCACCAAGUACCUCAACGUGUCCAACCGCUUCCUGUCCGACUACAAUCUCACGGACGAGUACUUGAACGACUUCGUGCGCCUCCUGGGCGAGAUUGGGGCGCAACGCGAGUGCUCCAGCUACUGCGGCGGCACGCUGAGGGACGUCUUCACUGGCUAUCGCGCCAUUCACGGCUACAUCUCGCUCGUGAUCUGUAUCUUCGGCACCAUCGCCAAUAUCCUCAACAUCAUCGUGCUGACGCGCAAGGAGAUGUCCAAAGCGCCCAUUAACAUCAUACUCAAAUGGCUGGCGGUCACUGAUAUGAUUGUCAUGAUUGAGUACAUCCCAUUCUCCACCUACAUGUACCUCAUAUUCCCAGGAAAACGCGAAUUUAAAUACUCCUGGGCGGUUUAUCUUCUUUUUCACAUGCACUUAUCACAAAUUCUCCAUACAAUUUCCAUCUCAUUGACUGUCACACUUGCCAUUUGGCGGUAUAUCGCCAUCAAGUAUUCUCUAAUGUAUUUCAGGCAUCCCCACGGCUCCUUGGCCGCCUGCGUCCUGACGCACUGCAACGAGGCGAUCCUGCUGUCCUUCAUCCUGCCGCCAAUCCUCUGCUUCCCCACGUAUUUCGUCUUCCGCAUCAACGAGAAGACCAUCAAGGAGAACAACGAGAGCCUCGUGUUGUACCAUUUGGACGCCAAGGAGGACACAGCUCUCUAUCGAUUCAAUUUCUGGAUGCACUCGAUUCUCAUCAAGUUGCUCCCCUGUGUGAUUCUCACUGUGAUCAGCUUCGUAUUGAUCCGAGUGCUGUACAAAGCGGCCAAGAGGAAAGUCAAGCUGAAGGGUUACACAAAUCCAGCAAAUUCCUCCGCAGCCACGUCUCUCAAUGGCAGCAGGCCUUCGCGGACAGAUCGCCGAACGGACAGAACGACGAUGCUUCUCGUGGCUGUACUGCUGCUUUUUCUCAUCACGGAGUUCCCGCAGGGAAUUUUGGGCCUCCUCAGCGGUAUCUUGCAGAAGUGCUUCCUCACGCGCUGCUACUCGCUCUUUGGCGAGCUCAUGGACCUCCUGGCACUCAUCAACGCCGCCGUGGGCUUCGUGCUGUACGGCCUCAUGUCCAAGCAAUUCCGCACGAGCUUCAAGGCGGUCUUCUUCAAGCACCCGCCGCACGGCCUCGAGAUGACCAAAGUCACCGGCCUGACCACAACGUGCGUCUGACUAGAGCGAUACCUGCGCCCGUGCUGCGUGGCGCCCAGCGGCGACGGUCUGCACGAGAAGGCCCUCGUGUGACACGCGCCCCGCGCGCGUGACCGGCUUCCCGGCAGGACGAGCCGCGGCGGUAGAUUUAGUGAGUGAAAACGCUGAAGAACUGAGAUUUCGUCGCGUUUACAACGACAUGAGCUUACCUUGAGGCGGAUUUCGAUUUUUCAGAUGAAACCUGAACAGAUAACCAGUUGAAAGUUGUGAUUCCUUCAUCUCUCAUAUGUGUGUAGAUAUAUGAAAUUCAUUUGGGGAAAGAAUCACAGCUUUUUCUUUAGAAUUUCAGUGAAAUUGCUUCACUUUUAACUCUCUAGGCUUAAGAGAAUUAUUAAUACAAAGAAUUAUAUAUAGCGAACAUAUAUAUGUAGCUGUUAUUUGAGUAAACAUUUAGCUAAAAAUUUCAAUUCCCGGUGAGAGAUGUGUACAAAAGGCUUUUCCUUUCACAAUGAAAGGCAUCUUCUUGCGCACACAUCUCGGGAAAAAUGCCAAAGGGGAAUUUGCAGACUUUCUAUUCAUAGACGAGAGAGAAUCCUAAUUAAGAGUAAGAGGAUUUCUUCCACUGUUUUAAAGUGUGAAUGCCAAAAAACUCGGCAAAUUUCCCUCUGCAUAAGUAGCAUUAAAGAGCUUGAGUUAAUUUUUAUAUAAAUGUGAGCAUAAUUAAGAGUGUGUUUUGUAUAUAUUUCCUUCUCUCGCAAUUUAAAAUGGCAAGAAUACGGCAAAUCGUCUCAAUGUACACUUCUCUGUGAGCCCACUGAAAUGUACAUUGACACAACAGCCACUUCUUUUACGGGUGUAAUUUGUAAAUAAAGCUUGUUGCUAAUCA